CUGCGCCCGGCGCGUAUAUAUUCGUGCGCCGGAAGUGAGCGGUCCUCUUCCAGUGAUCGAAUAUGGCGGACCAGGGUGAGAAGAAGGAGAACCCCAUGCGUGAGCUGCGCAUCCGCAAACUCUGCCUCAACAUCUGUGUGGGUGAGAGCGGUGACAGGCUGACCCGUGCUGCCAAGGUGCUGGAGCAGCUCACUGGCCAGACCCCCGUCUUCUCCAAAGCUCGCUACACUGUGCGAUCAUUUGGUAUCCGCAGGAAUGAAAAGAUAGCGGUGCAUUGUACUGUCCGUGGUGCCAAGGCUGAGGAGAUCUUGGAGAAAGGGCUCAAGGUGCGUGAGUAUGAGUUGAGGAAGAACAACUUCUCAGAUUCCGGGAACUUUGGCUUUGGUAUCCAGGAGCACAUCGACCUGGGGAUUAAAUACGACCCCAGCAUUGGCAUCUACGGUCUGGACUUCUACGUGGUUCUGGGCAGACCCGGGUUCAGCAUUGCCGACAAGAAGAGGAAAAGGGGCCGCAUUGGGUUCCGUCACCGAAUCCGCAAAGAGGAGGCCAUGCGCUGGUUCCAGCAGAAGUACGAUGGUGUAAUCCUCCCAGGGAAGUAGACCACGUUAUUGAUUAUUUGUAACAAAUGAUUAAUAAAACUAAAAAAAAAAAAAAAAAGACC